AUGUCUGUGGUGCGAAGGAAAUUUGGCGAUGACUACCAGGCAGUGGUGGGUGCCUCAACCCGUCGGAAGCGGCAGCGCUUUGUGGACAAGAACGGGCGCUGCAAUGUGCAACAUGGCAACCUGGGGAGCGAGAACAGCCGCUACAUCUCCGACCUUUUCACCACGUUGGUGGACCUCAAGUGGCGCUGGAACCUGCUCAUCUUCUUGUUGACAUACACCGUGGCUUGGCUGAUCAUGGCCUCAAUGUGGUGGGGGAUCGCUUACCUGCGUGGUGACCUGGAAAUGCACCGUGGCCCAGAUCCUGGACACAGCCCAUGUGUCGCCAAUGUCUACAACUUCCCAUCAGCGUUCCUUUUCUUCAUUGAGACAGAGGCCACCAUCGGUUACGGGCACCGGUACAUCACUGAGCGCUGCCCAGAGGGCAUUGUUCUGUUCCUCUUCCAGUCAUUGCUGGGGUCGGUGGUGGAUGCUUUUCUUAUCGGAUGCAUGUUCAUCAAGAUGUCCCAACCGAAGAAACGUGCCGAGACCCUCAUGUUUAGCCGGGCAGCCGUCAUCUCACAGAGGGACGGAAAGCUCUGCCUCAUGUUCCGGGUGGGCAACUUGCGGAACAGCCACAUGGUCUCAGCUCAGAUCCGAUGUAAACUCAUCAAGUCACGACAGACACCAGAAGGCGAAUUCCUGCCACUAGACCAGUGUGAGUUAGAUGUUGGAUUCGGAACCGGGGCAGACCAACUGUUCCUCGUUUCUCCUCUAACCAUCUGCCAUGAGAUCAAUGACAAGAGUCCUUUCUUUGCCCUCUCGCAAAGAUCACUAAGAAGUGAGCAGUUUGAAAUCGUCGUCAUCCUCGAAGGGAUUGUCGAAACUACAGGAAUGACGUGCCAAGCCAGGACCUCCUACACAGAAGAUGAAGUUCUCUGGGGCCACCGGUUCCUCCCGGUGAUGUCUCUGGAAGAUGGGUUCUUCCGGGUGGAUUAUUCUCAGUUCCAUGCUACCUUUGAAGUUCCUACUCCUCCAUACAGUGUCAAGGAGCAGGAGGAAAACUUCGCACUUCCAUCGCCUUUAAACACUCCUGUGGGGAGCAACCGAAGUAGACGAGAAAAAAUCUCCUCACUUGAUUGUUUGGAUAUUUUUGAAGAGAAGAGCAGCAGACUUCCCAGCAAAUUCCAAAGACUUUGUUCAGGGAAGGAGGAUCUCCAGAGAGGAGUCUUGAGUCUUUGUUCCACCAACGUUGAGAAAGCAUGCAGCACUGGUGACCUUCUAAAGAUCCAGCAGAUAAGUUCUGUCUGCAGCAUAGAGGAUGGCGGGGAAAAGAUUAAAUCAGCAGCCUUCAAAACUAAAUCAGAGCUCUUGGCUCGGUCCACUGGCAACCUUGAACUUCAACAAAAGCCCCAAGUUAUGCGCACCUUGGGAACAAGACUAGAUGAUCAUUUGCCUGCCAAACUCCGGAAAAUGAACUCGAGUCUCUUUACCUAA